AUGAAACAAAAUCUUGAGGAAGGCUCAAACAAGAAAAGAAAGUUUGAAGAAAAAAAUGGUGAUGUUCCAACUAAUGAAGAUGGCGGUGUAGUUGCAAUGGAUGUAGAGCAACCGAGACCGAGCCAAAUGACGGCGUCCCAAAAGGAAAAGAGUACAAGUCGCAUCGGUAAUUACUUUAUGCCUAGAACAACUCCCGGAGCACAACCUACCUUGAAAAGUGUUUUACAAAGUAAAGAAGUUGUGGAGAAAUGUGAUCUUGCUAUUGCAAAAUGGUUUAUUGAUGCUUGUGUGCCAUUCAAUGCAUCCAAUUCAUCAUAUUUCCAGCCUAUGGUUGAUGCACUUUGUAGCAUGAGUCCGGGGUAUAAAGUUCCAACUAUGCAUAGUUUUCGCGGUUCUUUGUUAAACAAAUGGGUUGCUGAUGUCAACAAAUCAAUAGAGGACUUUCGUCAGAUUUGGAAGAAAACUGGUUGUACUCUUAUGGCAGAUGGGUGGACUUAUCGAAAAAGGCGUACUCUUAUAAACUUUUUGGUUUAUUGUCCUAAAGGAACUGUUUUUCUAAAAUCUGUCGAUGCUUCUGAUGCUUCAAAAACAGCGGAUAUGUUGUAUAAGCUUUUUAGGGAGGUGGUUUUGUAUAUUGGGCCUGAAAAUGUUGUUCACAUAGUGACAGAUAAUGCUGCAAAUUAUGUUGCUGCUGGGAGGUUAUUGGAAAAAGAGUUUCCUAAGUUGUUUUGGUCUCCUUGUGCAGCACAUUGCAUUAAUUUGAUGUUGCAAGACAUGGGAAAAUUAGAGGAAGUAAGUGACGUUGUGUCACAUGCUACUAAUAUUACCAAAUUUAUCUAUAACCAUGGCUAUGCUUUGUAUUUGAUGAGACAAAAUUCAGGUGGAAGAGAAAUCCUUCGUCCUGCUCCAACUCGGUAG